AGAUUACAAGCAGCUAUAUUGGGAGACGAAAGAUUGAACCUGUUGAACGAGAUGAUUGCUGAUAUGAGAUUAAUUAAGAUGUACUGUACACCUGGGAAUUGCCGUAUGCUGCAUUAAUAGAGAAAAUCAGAGAGAAGGAAAUGAAGAAAGUUCGAAUGUUUUUGUAUACAAGAGAAAUAUCAUUAAUAUUGGGAUAUCCUAUAUCGAAAUUAUUUACUUCCCUCACAUACCUUACAUUCGUUUUAAAUGGAGGUAAAUUAAAUGCCGAAAUUAUAUUUGUCACUAUGGCAUUUUCCUUUCACAUCUACAGUAAAACUGUUAAGACAUUUUCUCUAGCACUGAAUGUAGUAGCCGAAAUUUUGGUUUCGUUGAAAAGAUUUCAGGAUUUUCUCCUCCUUGAAGAAAACGAGAGCAAUGCAGUGAAAAUUGUAGACGAAGGAGCAAAUUUAACCGAAUCUGGAAUAUGGAUGGAUAAUGUUACAGCUGCGUGGAAAAAAGAGUCUGAGCCAUCAUUGAAUAAAAUUUCGUUCACCAUGAACACUGGAGAACACUUUAUUGUUGUAGGUCCUGUUGGAUCAGGAAAGACGUCUUUGUUAAUGUCGAUGUUGGGAGAGAUUCCAAUUACUUUCGGUAAAGCGUCGGUGAAAGGAAAGAUCGCUUACGCUUCUCAAGAACCUUGGGUAUUUAACGCAACAAUCAAAGAAAAUAUCUUGUUCGAAGAAAAAUAUGAAGACGAGAAAUAUAGAAAAAUUUUGCAUAUAACGGCUCUAGAAAAGGAUAUAAGCUUAUUUCCUAAAGGAGAUUUGACUGUUGUAGGAGAAAGAGGAGUGAUAAUGAGCGGUGGGCAGAAAGCAAGAAUUAAUUUAGCAAGAGCCCUGUAUAUAGAUGCGGAUAUUUUCCUCCUUGACGAUCCAUUAAGUGCUGUUGACGUUCCAGUGGCGAAAAAACAUAUAUUCGAAAAAUGUAUAACGGAAUAUUUAAAAGACAAGAUUUGCGUUCUGGUUACACAUCAAAUACAAUAUUUAAACUCUUCGAGUAAAAUUUUACUGUUAAACAAGGGAAGAUGUGAAUUAAUUGGGAAUUACAACGAAAUGGAAAAUUUGAAAAUGUUUACAGGAAAAAUAUCAAAUCAGGAUAUUGCUAAAAAUAGCAUUGACUUAGAGACUGCACUUCUCAAUGAUGAUGAAAUAAUUGAUGAUUCUCCAUCUAUUAUCUUUGAUACAAACAACGGCGAUCAGGAUGCUGAAAAUAACCAAACUCCACGUGAUGAUGAUGAACAUGGAGAAGUCAAAAUUUCAGUUUAUAAAGCAUACGUCAAUGCAGGAGCGGGUGUUCUCUUAAAAAUUAUUUUAUUGAUAAUGGUAUUUGUAUCUCAAUCCUUUAUAAGUGCCAGCGACUAUUGGAUAAUCAAAUGGCUACAAGAUAGAAGAAUUUAUAGCCAAAGUAAAAAGAAAAUAGAAGAUAUUACAUCCAACACAACAGUCUAUAACCUUAGUGAAGGCAGAAAUUUUUAUCAGAGGGACGAAUUCAACGUAUAUGUCUAUUUUGGAUUUAUAUGUGCAGUGUGUUUCACCAUGUUACUUAUGGGUUCACUAUUAUUGAAAUUCUUUACAGCUGCAUCUACCAAACUUCACAACAAUAUGUUCCGUUGUAUUAUUCGAACUCCAAUAUCAUUUUUGGACAAUAAUCCUGUUGGAAAAGUGCUAAAUCGGUUUUCUAAAGAUGUUAAUAACAUGGAUGAUACUUUACCUUACGCUUGUUACAUGUCGAUAACAGUAAUUUCACUUGUAGUUGGCAUGUGUGUCAUUCAAGCAAUCCUCUGUCCUUACGUACUCAUACUGAUAUCUGUUCUUUCAAUAUUAUUUUACGCAUUUUGGGCAGUGUUUAGCCGAAUAUUAAAAAGCAUAAAACGUAUAGAAGGAAAGUGUGUAGGAUGGCUAUCACCCGUUUCACGAAUUUGUGAAAAUAAAUUCUCAACACAAUCUGUUGAUAAUCUGCUUGUAAUCAGAUAA